AGGAGCGGCGGUGCAAAUGAAGGUGGAGGAAGUGGUUCAACUGAUGCUAUGAAUAGGAGUAGUGUGUACAGCAGCAGUAGUUACGCCGCCAGCAGAGGCUACCGACGACCUUCAGGAGGUGACGGCCAGCAGAUACAACCCGUGGCCCCCCCAAGAUCUAAGGCCACGCCCACCUCCUCGUCCUUAGCGGCAGCAGGAGUCAUGAAAUCAUCGUCGGAAAUCUUCAGCUCAUCGUCGUCUUUCACGCCAUCGAAGGGCAUCUUGAAAUCGUCUUCGGGUAUAUUAAAAACGUCACAAGCUGGAGAACCUUUAUCAAGAUCUGCGUCAGGAGGAACACUGCCUUUUACUACCCGGGUCGUUAACUUUAGUAAUACCGUCAGUAAUAUCGAUGAUCCUCUCCCUACUACUACUACUACUGCUACUACUACUACUACCCAUGCUACUGUUCCUGCUGCCUCGACCACGCCACCUUCAGAGACGUCCUCCUCCACCGGUCCCACUGGAAGGACUUUGAGUCGUCACCCUGAGGACAGCCAGCAGCAGGGCAGCAGGAGGAAGAUAGAGAACACCCCUCACCCGCUGUACGGCCCCCGGACACAGCACCCGCAGCAGAAGGACGCUCAAACACAGCAUACACAGCAGAAGGGUGUCCACUAUCCCCAACCCAGGGAGGCGGUACACGUCCCCCAACAGGUGAAGGGAACACAGCAUCCACACCCAAAGGAGAUACAACAACAGCAGAGAGGAACACAGCACUUACAGCAGAAGGACGUGACUAAAAUCAACGAUCUCCAGUUACAGCAGAUCAAGUUCCAGCAACAGCAGCAGAAACAGCAGGAGGCAGAAGACCAUGAUAGCAAACUGGUCCACCCCAUCAAGACACAACAGAAGAGAGAAACAGCAGAGUGUCAGGAAAACCAGAGGCUAAGACAGCAACAGGUUCAACAGCUUCAACGUGAGGGAGAAAAACAGGAGGCCUUGAAACAGCAGCAACAACAACAGGUGAAGGUGAAACAGGUGCAGAAGACCCCAAGGAUCGAUAUACCUGUACAGAAACACCGGGCGGGGGAGGAACAGUACUACAGGGACCAACAUUACCAACAACUCAUACGUGCUGGGUCACUAGGCAGCGGAGAGCCAGCGGCCAUCCUCGAACAGCGUCGAAGUCGAUCUCCUCUACCAAUACCCGGCCGAGCACAACCCACCAGCGACACCAAGGGGUUCAUCCCGCCUAUAACCUCGUCGUCUUCUCCUCGGUCCACUGAGCUCACAGGUGCCGGGAAGGACCGUAAGAAUAGUUUGACCAAGAGCCAGGAAGUUAGGGGUCCAUUUUCACAGGAGUCAGUCAAUGUCGAGCGAUCCAGGACUGUUGAUAAAGGUCACACUAACACCGGGAGGUCACCUGAUGGUGCCACGAAACCUGCGUCUCUCCCAUACACAGGUACAGCCGCGGCAGGUGAAACUCGGACGGAUGUGAUUCGCGCGGCAGCCAAGGCCUACACAGAGAACUUCCAGACAUAUUCUUUCUCUGGAUACCUGACCAAAAACCGCAAGGACUCCACGACAGCCAAAGAAUCUCCCGUCACAACCAAGGAGAACAUCGAUAUCUCCUCAGAGGUGAAGCUUCCUCCUGCAGGUACCAACACCUCACACGAGAACGAGGCCAAGACCAACAACACCACCGUCACCAACACCUACAACUCCACCGCCAAACCCUACACCAGAGGGACGGCUGGGAAGAUCAUCGUCCCUCUCACAUCGUUCGUGCCUGCCAGUAAGUCCUCAGAGGUCGUAACAAACCUCGAUAAGAUCAUACUAAAGGAUCCACUCGGCGGAGACAGAGAACAAGGUCCUCACAAGCCCAGCACCACAGAGGUCACCAGGGACGCCUCCACCACAACAACUACCCCAGCAACAAAACCUGCCGCUCACAAACCCACCGAACAAACCAAAGGUAAAACUCAGACCAAAGAACAAACACAGAGCAACACCCAACACCAACAACAACAGCCUCGAGGACACCACCAUAAGGAACAACCCACAAAACCAACGCGUGAAAAGACCGUCAGUAGCGGGAAUUCCUCGAACUCAUCCUCGACCACCUCCCGCGGGUCUUCCACAUCUACUCCCACCGGCGGCAACAAGAAGCCGCCUAAGAUCCUGCCGCCGUUACUCAGCGGCCUCAAGUUCCCCCUCGGCGGCGACAAAAUGAAGGGCAGUAGUGAAGGGGCGCUCCUGGUGGUGUGUCGGGUGGGGGAGGAGGACCAGGUGGUGAGGCUCCUGAAGGAGUUAACAGCCACUGGAGCCCUUGAAGCUACAGAGGUCAACCAGGCCGACCGCUCCGGCAGGACACCAUUGAGCUACUCGUGCGCCAACGCCUUCCAGAGGGUAGUGGAGACCCUCACAGCUCUGUCUGGUGUGGAGAUCAACAAACCGGACACUGAUGGCAACACGCCCCUGCACUACGCUGCUCAGGCCGGUCACACGGAGGUAGUCUCACACCUCGUCAACAAGUGCAACAGGAGUGUAGACCUGGACGCUCGUAAUGCUCUGGGUUUCCUCCCUCAUGAAGGCGGCGCUGCAGGGGAGGACCAAGAUAGCGAAGAUACUACUCUUUGCUGGCGCCUCCCCCCACCUUCGAGACUUCGGGCGUGGGCUGUGUCAAUGAGUAGGCUCUACACCGGUCGCCACGUCUCCAGGCGAUCGAGAGCGUUCAGAAGUCAUGCUCCAGCCACAUCCGCGACAGGUGGACCAGUGACCCCGAUCUCAAGUCUCACUCCACCAGUUCCAUCAACACGCUGGGCCAAGAUCAAGAAGGCGUUCCACAAGUCCGAAUCCAAGAAAGAGUUUAGCGUGGUAACCAACUUGUCUACCAUGGCUGUGUGCGCCACCUCCCCCCUCCUGCCCACGGCUGUCACCUCCGACCUCAAGCCUCAUCAAGUGGUGGUUCCUCAUGUUCAGACCAAAGUUAACAGAAAUUACGGAGGUGAAAGUCCCAGAUCACACGAGGAUCCUGAAGACGCCCUCAGUCGCCUUCCGCCUCCUCCACCGCCUCCCAUCCUGCCACCGGAAGAGGCCGCCUCCACCUCCUCUGCUUCCACUUCCUCAAAGUCUCCAAAGAAACAACCUGCAGGCAAGUCCUCCGCCUCCUCUGCGGGUUCACCUCCGUCGUCGCCCCCAGCGUCAUCAUCACCUCCUUCCUCAGCAGCGGCCACGUCGUCUUCUGCCUCCAAACCUUCCUCACCGCCAUCGUCGCCUUCUCCCCACAGCAGCGGGAGCGACAGCGUGUACACCUCCUGCAGAAGGCGACAGGCUGGUGGAGACUCCAAGACCAACGGGGCGGCAAAGACGGUGGCAUCGUCGAGUAAAGCAUCUUCAUCCAGCACCAAGAAGAGAAAGUAA